CACCACCACCAACCACAUACGAUUGCACGGCGCCGUUGCUGCUGCUGCCGCUGCCGCACCACCCAAUCCACGUCUUUUUUCUUUCCCCGUCCACGUCCCCUUCGCCCCCCCAAUUCCUAUUCGACCCAGUCGUCGCUCACGCCCACAUCCACGUCCCACGUCCCCACUCUCCAUCUUUCCGCCCUGCAGCGACCGGCAACCACCACUGCCACUACUACUCACCACUCUCGCUGCCACUCCAACCCCAAACCCACGCCCCCGUCCCAGCGCUGGAAAUCACUUCCGACUCCGUCCCGGCCUCGACAAGACAAGACACUUCGACACGACGCGCCGCGCGAUAAGGGAGAGACUGCGAGAUCAGUCCUUAUUUAUUUUUCUUUCCCACAGGUCUCUGCUCCUGUUCGGAGCCUCACUGAUCUAGACAAUGGUGGUCGCUACUAUCAAGUGUGUUGUCGUCGGCGACGGUGCGGUCGGAAAGACAUGCCUCCUCAUCAGCUACACGACAAACAAAUUCCCCUCCGAAUAUGUCCCGACCGUUUUCGACAACUAUGCUGUCACUGUUAUGAUCGGUGACGAACCUUACACUCUGGGACUGUUCGAUACCGCCGGUCAGGAAGAUUACGACAGACUACGUCCCCUCUCGUAUCCCCAAACCGAUGUCUUCCUUGUCUGCUUCAGCGUCACAUCACCCGCCUCCUUCGAGAACGUCCGUGAGAAGUGGUUCCCCGAGGUACAUCACCACUGCCCCGGCGUCCCCUGCCUUAUCGUCGGCACCCAGGUCGACUUGCGCGAGGACCCCAGUGUUCGCGAGAAGCUUUCUAAGCAAAAGAUGUCUCCUGUACGGAAAGAGGAUGGUGAGCGGAUGGCAAAGGACUUGGGUGCGGUCAAGUACGUCGAGUGCAGUGCUUUGACGCAGUACAAGCUGAAGGAUGUCUUUGAUGAGGCAAUCGUUGCGGCCUUGGAGCCUCCUGCCCCCAAGAAGAAGUCGCACAAGUGUCUUCUCCUUUGAUCACGGGUCCCUCGACGCUUGAGUCUUGUUUCUCUCCCGCCAUGCCCAGCUUUGACUCUGUCUCUGGCGGCGAGUGGAAACGCCGAGAACCAGGCUUGGGCUUGCUCUCUCUUGCCAUUCAGAUGCGCGCGCAAAUGGUUCUAGGUUUUCGGCUUGAAAUGGCACUUCAGACCUCUUUUUGUUUGUUUGCAGCGCGCAUGGCAUAGGACACGCUGAGCCUUGAUUAACCGCAAUAUUGGAUCGAUCAGGAGCGGUCGUCUCGCUAAUGGUUUGGACCUCCUGGUUCAGCGACACCAAGGGCUUGGAUUGGAUCAUCUGCUUGGCAGUCAGGGCUUCUAGGCAUCUCGUCGCGUUGGGAGACUGCGAGGGGCAGGAAAAUGGACAAAUCGACGGGCUGUAUUUUCCCCUCCAUAUUUCGUUCACCACCAAUUCCCAAGUCCUCUCUCACUCCCUCUUUCUACCCCACCUACCAACAACCCAACCCUCUUCUCUAUCUCUCUCUCUCUGUCUCCCACACACUCUCACCCCGAAUACACCUUGCCCUGGUCCAGAUCUUGGUGGUCUUUCUUGCUUCUUUCUACAUUUAGGGAUGGGUAAAUUCAUCACGCAGGCAGGAAUACUUCGAUAGGACAGUUUGGCGAUUGGAGUGCACUUUAAAUCGAUGGUCUUUUUUUUUCUUCGCGCUGAAGAGCCUUGAUCAUCCUCCGUUGCCGUUAUCGUUCCAGUUACAACUCUCAAAGCACCGAUUGGCCAGGGAGUCUUCUGCUGACGACGAGAGCACCGACCGGCUUUGAGACACUGCCUAAUUUGGGGGGGGGGGGGCCUCAUCACUCACAGACUGUCAAUCUUUGAACAGGUGUGUAUACGAUAACUUCUAGAAUGUGAUCGGCUAGGCGAGUCAUUUCUUGCGUGCUGCUCACCUCGGCAGACGCCAUCCGUUCCUUCACUUCCUUAAACGCGUUACGGGGGGAAGUAUGUGGCCAGAAAUGGACGGGGCAUUAGGUUUCGCGGACAGGAUGGCGUUUUUUCCUUCUCGUUCCGUCUGCCCAGGGUACUUACUUGAGAGCAAUUUUUCUCUUUUGGUUGUCCUCCCAAGCUGCGCCUACCGCACCGCAACGCAUGAACGCACGCGCAGGGGCCAUCUCGGCCAGACCCCUCCAUUUGAACAACCCUUCUGGGCAACCAACACCCAACCGACCAGUU